AUGCCCUCUUGUGGAAACUGGAAAAAUGUCCGAGAAAAUAUGCUGGUGCUGGGCUGGGAGCGGUGGUUAGAAGCCCACGCGUGGGAGCAGGGAGAAGUGCUGGGUGCUCCCCUGGGGCUGCACCGUGUCCCCUCCAUCUGCAGCCCGAGAGCCUUUGUUGUUGCUGUCAACGGAUGCAUUGAAGAGAGAGGACCUUCAGAGCAUCUCUCCCUGUGUCUGUAUUUCCUUCCUUUCCUUUUCUCAUUUCCCCUUCGCCUUGUUUCACAGGACUGGCUGACAAAAUUUGGGUAUCUGCCUCCUCCGGACCCUGUCACGGGGCAGCUGCAGACGCAGGAGGAGCUCACCAAGGCCAUCACUGCCAUGCAGAGGUUCGGGGGGCUUGAGGCCACAGGAGUCCUAGAUGAAGCCACCCUGGAGCUGAUGAAGACCCCUCGCUGCUCUCUGCCUGACCUCACCAUUGAAGAGACCAGGAGGAAACGAUUUGCCCAGGCUGUCACCAAGUGGAGCAAAAGGAACUUGUCCUGGAGAGUUCGCACCUUCCCAAAAGAGUCCCACCUGGGCCACGACACUGUCCGAGCCCUGAUGUACUAUGCCCUGAAGGUCUGGAGUGACAUCACCCCGCUGAAUUUCCAUGAAGUGGCAGGAAACAAUGCUGACAUCCAGAUAGACUUCUCCAAGGCAGAUCACAAUGAUGGCUAUCCCUUUGAUGGGCCUGGUGGGACGGUGGCUCAUGCUUUCUUCCCUGGAGACCAUCACGCAGCAGGGGACACUCAUUUUGACGAUGAUGAAUAUUGGACUUUCCGAUCAUCAGACACUCAUGGGAUGGACCUAUUUGCUGUAGCUGUCCAUGAGUUUGGCCAUGCCAUUGGCUUGACCCACAUCUCUGCCAUAGAGUCUAUCAUGAGACCCUACUACCAAGGUCCAGUGGGAGAUCCUCUGAAGUACGACCUGCCUUAUGAGGACAAAGUCCGGAUCUGGCAACUCUAUGGAGUCAGGGAAUCUGUGUCCCUCACAGCCAAGCCUGAAGUGAGCAAAACAGAUGACCAUCCAGUCCUGCCAGAGCUGCCAGAGAAUCGCUCCACUGUGCCGUUCAGGCGGGAUGUGCCCAACAGGUGUAACACGGAGUUCGAUGCAGUGGCCCAGAUCCGGGGAGAGGCUUUCUUCUUCAAAGGCAAGUACUUCUGGAGACUGACUCGCAAUAAGCACUUGGUCUCCCUCCAGCCAGCUCAGAUUCACCGUUUCUGGCGGGGUUUGCCACUCAACCUGGACAGCCUGGAUGCAGUCUAUGAGAGAACCAGCGACCACAAGAUUGUCUUCUUCAAAGGAGACAGAUACUGGGUCUUCAAAGACAACAACGUGGAGGAAGGGUACCCACGGCCUAUUUUGGACUUUGGCCUGCCCCUGGGAGGAAUCGACGCUGCUUUCUCCUGGGCUCACAAUGACAAAACUUAUUUCUUUAAGGACAAUCUCUACUGGCGCUAUGAUGACCAUGAGCGGAGGAUGGAUCCUGGGUAUCCUUCAGAGGCCAUCCUGUGGAAGGGAAUACCCAGCCCUUUAGAUGAUGCCAUGAGGUGGUCAGAUGGUGCAAGCUACUUCUUCAAGGGCAAGGAGUACUGGAAGGUGCUGGACAGUGAGCUGGAGGUGCAGCCCGGGUAUCCACAGUCCAUCGCCAGGGACUGGCUGGUGUGCAGUGACAUGCAGGCCGACGCCCCAGAGGCAGCCGAGAGCAGCAGGACUGGGGCACGCUCCAGGCCGGGGCAGCACAAUGAGAGCCGCUCGAAGAAUGGCUACGAGGUCUGCUCCUGCACCUCGGGCACCCCAUCCCUGCACCCUCACCUCAUACCCAGACUGACAGCCAGCCUCGUGCUGGCUGUGUGGACAGCAGCACCGGUCUGUGCAGCCCUAUGACAGCUCAUCUCGCUGGCAGGACAACACCAUGGUACUCCAGCAUACAGGUCCAUGAUUGCUAACUGUUGGAAGCAGAAAAAAAAAACCCAACAUUCCUAGGAACAUGCCAGUGAAGGGUUUGAAUUCUCCAUGAGAAAUGAACAGUGAUUUUGUUUUGGGGUUUUCUUUCUUUUUCAUUUUAGUUUAAAGGUCUAAUAACAGAGUUGAGUUCUGCACCUUCUUAUUUCCCCAUCCAGUUAAAGAUGAGAGCGGCCUCAUGUUGAAUUUAGAAAUGCUCCGUAGAGAUUUAUUGCUCUGGAUGUUUACACACAGCAAACAAGGGAGGAGAGAGCUCCUGGGAUGGAGUGGACACAAAAGAGAUGCUGCUGAGAUAGACAGUGACAGAAAGGUAUCUGGCAGGAGGUAGUAGCUAUGUGCUGACACAAUGUACACAUCCCAUUGGAUGUACUAGGUAGAAGAAACUGACUCCACUAAGAUUAACUGCAAGGUGAUAAUUAUUUUACUAUCAAGCCUGGUGUAGUCACUGGUGUCUGGGUAACCUGUAUCAGUUUCUAUGGGUCAGAAACACCUUUGCCUUUCAGAAGGCACUGCAGUUUAUCUUUGUAUACAAGUCAUUGUAAUUUACCAAUUUCUCUAAUAAACUUUGGCCACCUACACAGAGAUCUCCCCGUCCUGUGCUAGAUCAAGCCUUUCACCUGCAGCAAGUUUCUGGCUGCUGAGGCUCUUAGCAGCAUCACCUCUGGAUGAGGAGCAGUGCAGCCAAAUUAGAUGCAGUUGCAACCACUGCCCUACACUAAUCUGUGCACACAAACUCCCAGUCUUAGAAUUCCUGUGUGGGGUUGGCUUAUGUUUUAGGAGGAAUCAAGAUGUAUUGCAUUUGUUUGUAACUCUGCCAUACCUGGCUGUGCUGCAGAGGAUGGGCUGGAGCAGGGAAGAUGCUGCACAGUCAGCUCAAACUCUUUUUGAUGCUUCUGACAGGAGCUUGGAUUAGCAGAAGCCAAGAUGAAGCACUGCAUUAGGAUGCUCCUGUUUGGGUUUAUUCCUCCCUAUCAAUUUUCUGUGGUAUGAUUUGGGCAUCUGAGAGUCCUUGAAAAUGGUGAGAACUUGGAUUAGAUGUCAAGCCAGGGUCCUC